GAAAAACUACCAAAAACAAAAAAAUAUAUAUAUUACUGUCACGAAUGUGUGUCAAGUCAUUGGGUCAUUUUUCUAUAAAUUUUUGAAGUAAUGAGAAAAUAGAGUAAUUCUAGAAUACAUCUUUACAUCUUAAGAUGAGUAUGUAAUUAGUAUUCCUGAAACUCCCUAACAUACAUUUCUCAGAAAUGGAAUUUUCUCAGCUCUCUUCAUCGGCCACCGUCAUCGCUGGAAUUUUCUCCGUCGUCCUCUUUCUCUAUGCUCUCUUCAUUAUAUCCACAAGAGUCAUUGGAGCUCAUCGAAAUAAACUCCCACCCGAACCUGUCGGUGGUUGGCCACUGAUUGGUCACCUCCAUUUGCUAAAUGCAGCAGAACCAGCGCACAUAACCUUCGCAAAGUUGGCAGAUACUUAUGGACCAAUCUUUACUUUGAAAUUGGGUAUGAAGAAAGCCUUGAUUGUGAGCAGUUGGGAAAUAGCAAACGAGUGUUUUACAACAAACGAUAAAAUCUUUGCCUCUCGUCCAAAGCUCGUGGCCUCAAAGUUGUUGGGAUAUGACUAUGCCAUGUUUGGGUUCAGCCCCUAUGGUCCACAUUGGCGCCAUGUCCGCAAACUAGCCACGGUCGAACUCUUGACGAACCACCGCCUCGACCAACUCCAACACAUAAGAGCAUUCGAAGUCCAUAAUUCGAUUAAGAAGCUGUAUGAGUUAUGUAUCAUAAACAAGAAUAACAAUGAGCAGAAAACAUUGGUGGAGAUGAAAACGUGGUUUGGAGAUAUAAUUCUAAACACAAUAUUUAGGAUAGUGGUUGGAAAGAGAUUCUCGACGGCGGUGGAUGGGACUGAUAAUGAUAAUGAAGAGUAUCGAAAGGCAUUGAGGGAUUUUUUUGAAUGGUUUGGAGUGUUUGUACCUUCAGAUUCGUUUCCAUUUCUAAAGUGGUUAGAUUUGGGUGGACAUGAGAAGGCCAUGAAGAAGACGGCUAAAAUUCUUGAUAAUGUUUUUGAUAAAUGGCUUAAAGAACAUCAACAGAAGACAAAUUUUGAGGAGCAUGACUUCAUGGAUGCAAUGCUUGCUGUCUUUAAAGAGGGUGGAGAACAACUUUCAAGCUAUGAUGCAGAUACAAUUAUCAAGGCCUCAUGUUUGGCUCUCAUAUUGGCGGGUUCUGACACAACAAUGAUAACAAUGAUAUGGACUCUUUCUUUAUUGCUCAACAAUCAAGAUGUACUCAAGAAAGCUCAACUUGAAUUAGAUGAACAAGUUGGGAGACACAAACAAGUUAAAGAAUCAGAUGUAAGAAAUCUGAAAUAUCUUCAAGCAAUUGUGAAGGAAACAUUACGUUUGUAUCCACCGGGACCACUUGGAACACCUCAUGAGUCUAUGGAAGAUUGUAGAAUUGCUGGCUACCAUAUUCCAGCAGGAACACGCCUCACGGUGAAUAUACAAAAGCUUCAAAGAGACCCACGUGUGUGGGAAGAUCCUCAUGAAUUUCGACCAGAAAGAUUUCUAACAAAUCAUAAAGAUUUUGAAGUUAGAGGAAAAACUCCUCAAUUGAUACCAUUUGGAAGUGGGCGUAGGAUGUGCCCAGCAGUCUCAUUUGCCCUUCAAAUUAUGCAUUUAACGCUUGCAAAUCUACUUCAUGGGUUUCAGAUUGAAAGACCAACUAAAGAAUUACUCAAUAUGGAAGAAAGCAUCGGUUUGACUAGCAUUAGAAAAGAUCCACUCCAAGUUCUUUUAAGUCCACGCCUCCAUCCUCGAGUUUAUGACUGAUGUCGAAUCUGUUAAUUGAAAGUACAAUAAAAUAUGAAACAAUAGUUGAAGAAA